AUGAUCUUCGCCAUUCGCCAACUUCAGGAGAAGUAUCAGGAGAUGCGGACCCACCUGUACUCAACCGACGUGGAUCUGAUGAAAGCUUUCGCCACGGUGAAUUGUAAAGGGCUGUGGAAAAUCAUGCAGAAAUUCGGCUGCCACGAGCGGUGCAUUCAGCUGGUGCGCCAGCUCCACGACGGCAUAAUGGUGCGCGUCACGGACAACGGAGCUGUUUCAGAGGCAUUCGCCGCGAUCAACGGAGUGAAGCAGGGAUGUGUCCUGGCGUCUACCUUCUUCAGUUUUAUAUUCUCUAUCAUGCUGAUGGACGCCUACCGUGACGAACGUCCCGGGAUCCGCAUCACCUUCAGGACGAACAGCCAUCUUCUCAAUCAGCGGCGGAUGCACUUCCAGGCACUUGGAUCCACAACUACCGUUCAUGAACUUCUCUUCUUCGACGACUGCGUCCUCAAUCCCACCUUGGAAGGGGACAUGCAAAGGAGCAUGGACCUCUUCGUCGGAGCCCGCGACAACUUCGGACUAAUGAUCAAUUAG